CUGUGACCUCUACUGCAGUUGAAAAUACUUGGGAGCGGAGCGGCAAUCAUUUGGGCUGAUUUAAAAAAAAAUUGUAACCCCAUUUACGCCGGAAACGGUUACAUUUUCCCUUUGAAAAAAAUCAAUUCAUCCUGUAUAUAAACGUCUCAAGAAGGGCUUAUGUGCUCCUCGCUGUUUCUUCUCCGAGUCGGAGUGCUCAGUGUUGUCGGCGUUGAGCCUGUUUCAGCUGCACUGCAUCAACAUGGGUGUGAUCGGUGUGCAGCUGGUGGUUACCAUGGUAAUGGCCAGUGUGAUACAAAAAAUCAUACCUCAUUAUUCCUUCGCAAGAUGGAUACUCUGCAGUGGCAGUCUUCGGUGGUAUCAGCACCCUACGGAAGAUGAGUUGAGGAAUCUUGCUGGUAAACAGAAGGGCCAGAAGAGGAAAGACAGGAAGUACAAUGGUCACAUAGACAACAAACCGCUAACGGUACCCAAGGACAUUGAUCUUCAACUGGAGACAAAGUAUAUCACUGAAGUGGACACAUUAGCAUUGCACUACUUUCCAGAGUUCCAGUGGCUUGUUGAUUUCACAGUAGCGGCGACCGUGGUCUAUCUAAUCACGGAGCUCUACUACAGUGUGGCUCAGCCCUCAGGAGAGAUGAACAUCAGCGUGGUGUGGUCCAUGCUCGUGCUCGCCUUUGUCGUAAAGAUCCUCUUCUCUCUGACGACCCACUACUUUAAAUUAGAGGAAGGAGGUGAACGCUCCCUCUGUAUCACAUUUGGUUUCUUUUUCUUCGUCAAAGCCAUGGCCAUUCUCAUUGUUACUGAGAACUACCUGGAGUUUGGUCUGGAAACAGGUUUUGCCAACUUCUCUGAUAGCGCACUGCAGUUCCUGGAGCACCAGGGUUUGGAAUCGCAGGGUCCAAUUUCAAAACUUACCUUCAAGCUAAUCCUCGCCUUUCUUUGCGCGCUGAUUGGAGCUUUUUUAACCUUCCCUGGCCUGCGAUUAGCCCAGAUGCACCUGGAUGCGCUCAAUGUGACCACAGCCAAAUUCACACAAACUUUGCUUCAUAUCAACUUCUUGUCCCCACUUAUCAUGGUCCUGCUAUGGGUGAAGCCCAUUACCAAGGACUACAUACUGAACCCCACCCUGGGAAAGGACAGCUUGCCUUUGAUGGCUGAGCAGACGUACGACACGCUGCGCUUAUGGACCAUCAUACUGAUGUGUGCGCUGCGACUGGCGAUGAUGAGGCAUCAUUUGCAGGCCUACCUCAACCUGGCGAAGAAGGCCGUGGAGCAGAUGAAGAAGGAGGCGGGACGCAUAAGUACCGUCGACCUGCAGAAGAUGGUUGCACGUGUUUUUUACUACUUGUGUGUAAUAGCACUCCAGUAUGUGGCACCUCUGGUGAUGUUGCUGCAUACAACUUUGCUGCUAAAAACCUUAGGUGGAUACUCGUGGGGAUUUCGCGUGGAAGAGGUGCCUUGCAUUCAUCAGACGGACUCUAUACAGGCGUCAGCACCAAUAGCGCCCCCGGAGGCGGGUACACGGGCUUCCGUCACCCAACUGUCGGUAGCCCUGGGGGGACUCAAAACGGUCUUCAGCCCGUUACUUUUCCGGGGUCUCUUCUCUUUCUUUACAUGGUGGAUCGCCGCCUGCCUCUUCUCCACGUCCCUCUUUGGCCUCUUUUACCAUCAGUAUCUCAUGGCAGCGUAAAACGAGGCCCUUCACACUGACUGACUUUUAUCUUCGGAACUAUUGCUUUGUUCCCAGUGCUUCCUCUGCAGAUGAAAACUCUGUGUUUUUACAUUCACUCCUUUUUAGCUGCUUCAUAAGAUAUUCUUAUGUUUAGUAACAAUCAAAAUCACAUGACUGACAAAAGUAACAAAGGAGGUGUCCUUUUUUUUCCGUUUUCUAGACAUAACUCGUCAAAUUCUGAAUCUCAUGCUGGACACGGUUACACAAACUUCAGUUUUUAACUUUUUUUUUUU